AUGGUUUUUCAGUUUCGAAUAGAGACAGAGAGCCCUAAAAAUGAUAUAUUAGCUCCUCAAAACACAAAAACUACCCCUCCAGCCACACCAAAAACUUACACUUGGAAAAAACAAUUUAAGAUAAAAUCCUUCAAAGGGCCCUUUGAAGCUGGCGAUUUUUUAAAAAAUCGUUACAAGGGCCCUUUGAAGCUGGCGAUUUUUUGUAGGACUCAUACAAUACCCCUACACAAUAUAAAAAAUCACCAAGGCAUUAGCUGCCCCGGAACUUCCCCUCCAGCCACCCCAAAUCCAUCGGCUGAAGAGGGAAGCCCGUGUACAUUUUAUGUCAAUGGGAAAUUCCAACGAAUUCUUACGUAUUUUGGGUCGGGGAUUACGAAUAUC